AUGACUCUCGAGGACAUCUACAACACCCUUACCAGGCUCGACUUCAUCCGUCUACCCUUCGCCGCACCCGAACAGCCCGCUCGACCACGCUUAUUGCCCGGACAAAGCUUGCGAUAUCCGCCUUCGACAUCACGCCGCCGUGCGACGGCUAUGCGCCGUACACAGACGACUUCCGCACUCGGUUCUACGUCCGUAUCUACACCGCCUCCUCCCAUUCCCAUGCCACAACUUCUGCCGAUUUCGACGGUUACGACCACGACCACGGCGGCGGCCAUCCAGACUAAUACGUCGACGGCCGCUCAUGGUGCUUUAGCACCUACAACGUCAACUACAUCGGGUAUGACGGCGCAUCACGGAGCACAGACCACACCGCCUUUCGUUCCGCCCAGACGGUACGAUAUCGUCUGGGACCCGGCCGUCGUAAGGGAGCACCUGGAGAAGUGGGAGGCCAAAGGCUACCUCAAGAUUCAUCCGGAAAAGCUGAGGUGGACGCCGUGGAUUACGACGAGGACGGGUACGGGGGUGGAUGUCAAGGAGGAGGAGAGGGAGAUGGCGCCGGAUGGGAAGCCGGUGGUUGAGGGGCUGGUGUGGUGGCCGAAGGAUCCGACGCCGGAGCCUGAACCUGAGCCCGAGGAGGAAGAGGAGGUGCAUGAGGUGGUGCAUGAGGUGGAGAGGCCGAGGGUUAGGACUCGGAGGUCGACGAGGCAGGAAACGCAUGAUGUCGAUGAACCCGAGGCCGGUCCUUCUAACACCACCAACACCACCACACCCCGCCCACGACGACGCGUCUCAACACGACAACACGAUCCAGAGCCCGAAACACCAGUUGAGGACGUCACGCCUCGACCGAGGCGGAGGGCGUCGACACGCGCUACGGAUGAGGCUGAGACGCCGGUCCAGACGAAGAUGAAGAGCCCGGAGGUGCAGAGUGUGCGGAGGCUGAGGUCUACGGCUGGGACGCACGACGAUGAGCUGCCGGCUGUCUAUCCGUUGCCUGUUACCGCGUCGAGGCCGCGCAAUCGCGAGCGGGAACGCGAUCGGGACCGGAAUCGCAAGCGCGAUCGUAAACGCGGCCGCAAGUCAGCCUCAACUGCGACUGCGACUGCCAAUGCGGUUGCCGAUGCGAAUGUGGAUGUGGAAGAAGAUGCCCAGCCGGCCGCAAGCGUCAGCCCGAACAAGUCUACGCGCACACGGCGACCUCUGGCUCAAGCUCAAGUCGAAGAAACCGCCCCGGUCCCCGUCCCCGAUUCCCUCCCUGCUCCUCCCGAACCCUCGUCAUCACUGUCAUUGCGGAGAAGACCAAGCAGGAAGGCGCUCGAGGCACAGGUCCAGGUGCAGGAGAAGGAGAAGGAGAAAGAGGCAGCGGCGGACGCGCGGAAGAAAAGGAAGCCCGGUCAACGCGAACGGGAGAGGGAAAGGGAACGCGAGCGGAACCGGGCGGCUGCGGCGGCUGUGGUUGAGGUUGAACCGAGUGAGCCGCCUACACCGCGCAAACCUCGGAAUCGCAGGGGUGAUGAGGCGGCGCAGAAGCCGGUGGGUACGAGGCGCUCAUCGAGGCGCGGUCCGCAGGAGGAUGCAGAGCCUGCACCCGAACCCGAGCCUGAAGCUGAAGCUGAGGACGAUCCCGCGCCCGAGGAUGGAGACAAGCCCGCUUUAGGUCCUGAUACGCCGACCUACAUGUUACAGCCGCGCCGAGGCGACGGGCGCUUCACGAAGUCGACAGAUAGUUCCCCAAAGAAGCGCUCACGAUCACAAAAGUCCCAGCCCCAGCCUCAAUCCCAGCCCCAGCGACGGCGUACCGCACCUGCUACACCAUCAUCGCGCAAACGACCACGACGUUCGAGCGCGAAGGACGACGACGAGUUCGAGGUGGACGAUCAUGUCAGCGACGACGAGGACGAGGACGAUUCGUUACCCGCUUCGCCGCGGAAAUCGAGGGCGAGAGCGCGCGCUUCGCGGUCAAGGAAGAGGAAUGCGGAUGACUCCGACGAGUACGACGAGUACGAUGAGUCGGGGCGGGUGGAGGACUUCAUUGUUGAUGAUGAUGAGGUCGAAGAGGUCGAAACGCCUCCGGCUUCUCUGCGCAAGAAAAACUCGAAACGUCGUGCGAAGAGCAGGGUCGCGGAUAGUUCGGAUGUUGAGGUUCAAGCGCCGCCGCCUUUGUCGAGACGGAGCUCGAGCAAUCGGGGGAUUGCGAGGAAGAAGAGGAGGAUUGAGAGUAGCCUUGAGCCCGAGGAGGAAACUAAGGAGGACGAGGAGCUCGAGAAGGAGCUGCUCGGUGACGGAGAUGCGGAUGCGGAUGAGGCGAUGGAGGUGGACGGCCCCGAGGGUGAGAAGGAGGAGGACGGGAAGAAGGCUGACGAAGGCGCCGAUGAAGAUGCAGACGCCGACGCUGACGCUGAUGCCGAUGCCGACGGCGAAGCAGAUGCGGACGGAGAAGCUGAUGCGGAAGGCGAGACGGAUGAUGCGCGCCCGCCUGAGAACGGCCGGCAUAGCGCUCCGAGCGAUGAUACGGUCUUUGUCGCCGAGAGCGCCGCGGGAAUGGGCAAGCCUUCGCCUGUGGCUUUCACGCCCGAGGCUUCCCGCGCUUCUCCGCCUCCUGCGCCGGAGCCUACGGUCACGCCCGAGGUCACACGCGUAUCGACACCCCUGGAGCUUGCACCCAGCUCUCGUCCUGUCUCCAGGCCUUUGGAUGAUCAGGACCUCUCAGACGCUGACGCGGAAGGCUCGACGGAUGACGAGUUUGGGCAGUAG